CACUUGCCAGGAAAAGGGAGACCUCACUCUGACAUAACUGGUAAACAAGUGUGAAGCAUGAGGAUCAACUCUGCUGUUCAGGCUGCUAUUGACCUCACAGCAGGAGCUGCAGGUGGGACAGCAUGUGUGGUGACUGGUCAGCCCUUUGACACUGCGAAGGUGAAGAUGCAGACGUUCCCAGAUAUGUACAAAGGACUCAUUGACUGUUUUGUGAAAACCUAUAAGCAAGUGGGGUUUCGAGGCUUCUACAAAGGAACCACACCAGCACUUGUAGCCAACAUCGCCGAGAACUCCGUUCUGUUCAUGUGCUAUGGGUUUUGCCAACAAAUCGUGAGAAAAAUUGUUGGAGUAGACAGGAAAACAAAGCUCAGUGAUCUGCAGAAUGCUGCUGCAGGCUCCUUCGCCUCCGCCUUUGCCACCCUGGUCCUCUGCCCAACAGAGCUGGUGAAGUGCCGACUGCAGGCCAUGCAUGAAAUGCAGUUGUCAGGAAAGAUAAUCCAGGGGCACAAUACAGUUUGGUCAGUAGUGAAGGGUGUUAUUCAAAAGGAUGGUCCCCUUGGAUUUUACCGUGGCCUAUCAAGCACUUUGCUGAGAGAAGUCCCAGGCUAUUUCUUCUUCUUUGGAGGGUAUGAACUGAGCCGGACGUUCUUUGCCUCUGGGAGAUCAAAAGAAGAAUUAGGUCCCAUUCCCUUGCUACUAAGUGGAGGCUUUGGAGGCAGCUGUUUGUGGAUUGCUGUGUAUCCUGUGGACUGUGUCAAAUCUAGAAUUCAAGUUCUUUCAAUGGCUGGAAAACAGACAGGCUUUAUGGGAACGUUUGCAACUGUUGUGAGAACUGAAGGUGUACUUGCCUUGUAUUCUGGACUAAAGCCAACCAUGAUCCGUGCUUUCCUGGCCAACGGGGCACUGUUCCUUGCCUAUGAGUACAGCCGGAAACUUAUGAUGAAACAAAUAGAUUCUUACUGA